AUGGCCGAACCUGAGUGCAUCCAACGGCACCACUUCGCCAAGGUCUGCGAGCGGUGCAUCCGGCAAGGUGAUGUGCGGAAGUAUUGGUGCGGCUACGUGGAGAUUCCCAGUGCCGGGGUGCGCGGCGGCUUCGACAAAAUCGUCGACGCGGGCGCGCCCCACGCUCCCUUCUUCAUGGUGAACAAGUCGUUCGGCAUUCACGGGGCCUGGCGCGGGAUAUGGGUCAGCCAGGAUGCGGGCAUCGACCCUGAAAUCGGAUCCCACGCCAGGCCCCGCAUGGACGCGCCGAGGAAUGAGGAGCUGGCGUGGCUGUUCGACGCGGCGUUCGAACGGGCGGGGAUCCCCGCGUGGGACCCCAAGGCCAUGGCGACGCCCCCCCGCCACCAGAAGGGCGCCGAGCUGCAUGACAUGCCAGCGCUGGUGCAGGCGCUGACCGCGCAGAUCGACGAUGCGACGGCCCCCAUGAUCCAAGGCUUCAUGAACAUCCCGUACUUCGCGCACUACAGCGCCCCGCGGGGCAACACGCGGCCCAUCGUCGAGCAACUGACGGCGUUCGAGCGCACCUACGCGGCCAUGGACAGGAUCACCAAGGGCGGACGCUUCUGUCAGAGCAACAUGGAGGCGAUCUGGACGGCGGCCUUCCAGCAGACGCUCGCGGUCCAGUACAAGCAGGUGAAGGGAAAGAAGCCGCCGACGAAGUUCAUCGCUGGCCACAGGUACCUGAACUCCCGCGCCUUCCGCAUCGGCUUCGCCCACUGGCAGCGCGUGCGGAAUUCCCAGCUCGGCUCCGCCGAGGUUAGGGGGCCGCUGGGGACUCUCAAGAAGGGUGGCUCCGAGGCGGCGCCAGAGGUCAAAGGAGAGGUGGGAUUGGCGAUCGCGGACGCGCAGGCCGACGAGGACGACGAGGACGAGAUGGCGAUCGAAGAUCAGCAGGAGGAGGAGGCAGCUGCGGCGCCAGCGCAGUCGACAGCUGCGAGCGCAGGACAGGUCGUGAAGAUGCCCUUCUGGCGGAGUAUCACGGGCAAGAGCACGCCCAGGAAGAGGAGGAAGAGGUGCAAGAAGGAGCACGUGAAGGAUGAGUUCGAUGAUGAUCGAGCUGCAGCGCCCGCUCACGGCAUCGAGGCCGUGAUCGACGGCACCCCGCCGCAGAUGGCGAAACGUGCUGCGCGCGCUGCAGGAUCAGGCGCUGCAGGAUCAGGCGCUGCAGGAUCAGGCGCUGCAGGAGGCGCUGCAAUGAAGAGGCCCGCGGCCGCGCCCAUGAAAAGGCCAGCGGCCGCGAAGAAGCGCGCAGCCCAGGCAACCGAGAAGAAGGAGGAGGAGCAGGUGCCCGCAGCCGAGGGGGCAGCAGCCGCGGCCGGCGAGGAGGAUCAGGAGAUCAUCGAGGUGGAUGAUCAGGCCUGGGCGCCCGACAUGACGGUUCCAGCUGAUGACAACUACGGCGACUACACGCGCUGGGGCGCCCAGGUCAUGAAGGACACGAACGGCAAGCUGUGGCGCCUCAAGUUCAGGAGCCGCCGCAGCGAGGGCUACGACACGAUCGCCUAUAUGGAGGAUGAGGCGACCUCGGGCGGCUGGUCGCAGCUUAUCCAGGUCAGCGACAAAAGCUGGACCGACAGCAUCAUGGCGAAGUACGACGCGGGCUGCAAGGCCACCAUGAGCCGCCUCGUCAUGACGUGCCUGUUCUACUUUGCACUGAAGAACCAGACGGCCGACAAGCAGAAGGUGGCGCAGAUCAGGGUGCAGCUCGAGCUCGACGUCGAGUCGAUCUUCCCGUGCAUGCAGAUGCACGUGAUUGUGCUGCUCAGCCGAGCCCCGCUCGCGGGGCCCCUGGAGCCGACGCACCGCGGCAGCAGGUUGGUCGGGGCGCGACUGAUCGGCUUGCUCCGCCUCGUGAUCGCGCGCGGGGCCGCGACCGCUAGGGCUGCGCCGAAGUCCGCCGCGGAGAAGGCUGCGGCGAAAGCAAAGAAGAAAGCCGCGCGUGCCGUCAGCAAAGACCACGAGAACGAUUUGCAGCGCAUGCGGACGCGCCUCGCAUCCCAGAAAGAAGAAGUGAAGCUCGAGUACAAGCGGCAGAGCCGCCAGGGCCUCAAGAGGCGGUUGAAGAAGUGGCGCAAAUACGGCGACUUCCGCUUCGCCGAAUGCGUCAAGACCGAGAUGGAGUCCAGGGAGACCAGCUCCAAGCACAAGGACCAAUUGCUCAAUUGGGAUCGUCUGCUGACCGAGUGCGGCUGGUCGGAGGAGAAUAAAGCCACUCCGACUGGCGAGAGGCUUGUCCCGCCAAUGGCAACGACGGAGAAGUCUCGCAGUGGGCAUGAGGUCAAGAAGCAGAUCCUCGAGACCCGCAUGAGCACGGGCCGCGUCGACCCCUCCCAAGUUGUCGGUGCCGGCUCGAAGGACAAGUGCGAUGACUCCGACGACAGCUACUCCGAGUACUCGAGUGACAGCGAGAGCAAGGAGCCGCCGCGCAAGAUCAUGAAGACCACAGGCCUGGCGGCCGCAUACGGUGAGCUCCUCGGCGAGCGCAGCAAGAUCUACGCCCAGCUCGAGGGCAUCGACGUGGGGUCAGAGCCCGACGUCGAGGUGAUCAAAACUGAGAUCGAGGACGUCGAGGCGGAUGGCUUGCAGCGCGAUUGCACUGAAGAUGUGUGCGCGAUCGCGUGGCACGCGCAGCGCGCUGGCAGCGUGGGCGUCGGGGACCUGGCGCUGGACCCCGCCCAGGCGGGAUGGCGGUUGGUCCCACGCGGGCGUGUGGUCGACACGCACUCACUGGGCGAUGUCCACGUCGCGCCAGACGACCCCUUGGAGCUCACGUUUUUCAAUUCUAGGAACGAAGCGGGCCUCACCUUUGUGGCACCAAUUUUCGGCGUAAUUGGGUUCACGAUCUCGAUGAUUGCGCUUGAUCCUAUGCACGUGUGCGACUUGGGCACAUCCCAGCGGCUCAUCGGCACAAUAUUCUGGCAACUGAUUCUGAACAAUUUCGCCCAGGGCCGUGCUACGACAGUGCUCGUCAGGCGCGGCCCCCCGGUCGCCUCGAGCCCCCCCGUCGGGCAGGACCUCUUGCGGAACGCCGCCGAUUGGUACCUCCCGCGGAUGGCAGAGCGCCGUCUUCGCGCGUGGCGUUCCAGCGGAGAUCGCCUGGACGUGUGCGCCACGGACGGGAAUGCCAAGCUGCACCGGCGGACCCGCGGCACCCCUUGCGCAGAGGCCGUGCACUGCAAGGUCUUGGACGCGCAUCUCGUCCGGGGGUGUUCCGAGACUCCUUUGCGCGGGGGCCUCGUGCUUUGCCGCCGCCACCAAGAGUUGACCACGCGCGCAGACUUCCGCGAGGACAUCGAGGCGCACCGCGUCAAGGCGCCUCUGUCCGUCGGCGCUUUCCUCGAGGUCGAGGUGCGCCUGGCGGGGAAUGCAGGGUGGCAGCCUGCCGCCUCGGUGGCAGACGAAGCAGCGCAGGCUUACUUCGCCCACGUCGCCGAGCCCGUCGUGCAGGACCGGCGGGCGCCCCGAUUUGUCUUAGGCGAUGGGGCGUCCCGCGAGCCCAAGGCAAAGUGCGCCUGCAAGACCCGCGAGGACUCCAUCUCUGCCGUGAAAACGGCGUCGAGAUCGGCUGGAUUCUUAACGGUCGUCACCCAGACUGGGAUUGCUUGCGGGCUCCAGGAGGUCAUCACGGCGGAGACGCUCUCGCAGCGUUACUGCUUCCUCGCCGAGAUGGCCCGCGCCGUCCCCGAACUGUCCAUCCUGGUCCAUGACCACGCCUGUCAUGUCCGGGUCUUUGCCCGGUGCCGGGCCGCGGAGGCGUCGCCGGACAGCUUGCCGGCCCGGCUCGGCGAGUUCCGGCACAUCGUCGACCGGCCCCAUAGCCGGGGCCGCGUCGACCCGACGUGUCAGGAGUUGUGCUUCCCGGACGUCCCCGCGAACGCCGCGGCGUUGGGCUCGUUCCCAACGCCGAUCUGCGAGAGCGUGAACUCGGAUCUGAGCCCCCUGGCGCACACCAUCCACCGCAUGGGCCGGUGGGUGUGCAUGUUCAUCGUGUCCGAGUGCAUCGACGUCCACAACGGGCUCAAGGCCCGGGGCGCGGCGCGCGCCUCAGCGCGCGCCGACCGGCGCGCCGCUCGCGCACCGCCCGCCGCGCCAGGGCCCGCGGCGGGCCCGCGCGGGGCCGACGCGCCGGCUGCGCCAGGCCCGGCCGCCGGUGCCUUGGACGCUCAGGCUGCGCUGAGAUGA